AUGACAGAUCCCCCACAAGAACAGAGGAAGGAGGUUAAACCUUACAUCCUUCCUUUGCCAUAUCCUCAAAGGUUGCAAAGAGAGCUCAAAGACCAGCAAUUUCCUAAGUUUUUAGAGGUUUUCAAAAAGUUGGAAAUCAAUCUUCCAUUUGCUGAAGCAUUAGAGCAAAUGUCCUUGUAUGCAAAAUUUCUAAAGGAACUCAUCAAGAAGAAGAGAAGCUGGAAUGAAAAGGAAACUGUGGUCUUGACCCAAGAGUGUAGUGCUGUUAUCCAAAGAGGUCUCCCACCAAAACUCAAAGACCAAAGGAGCUUUAUCAUAUCAUGCACCAUAGGCAACAUGACAUUGGAAAAGGCUCUCUGUGAUUUAGGUGCAAGCAUCAAUUUGAUAUCUCUCUCAUUGAUGAAAAAGCUUGCAAUAGAGGAAGUUAAACCCACCAGAAUGUCACUUCAAAUGGCAAAUAGAUCACUCAAGAUACUUAAUGGAGUUGUAGAGAACUUAUUGGUGAAGGUUGGAGAAUUUAUUUUCCCUGCUGAUUUUGUCAUUUUGGGCAUGGAAGAAGAGGGACACAAUUCAAUCAUCUUGGGGCGAGCUUUCUUAGCCACAGCAAGAGCGAUCAUUGAUGUAGAAAAGGGAGAAAUGAUCCUCAGGGUGCAUGAUGAACAAAUGAUCAUUAAUGUCUUUAAAGCCAUGUAA